GGGUUUAGAACAAUUUCCUUUUCGUGUUGGAUUUCACUUCCCACUUGCCCCGUCUCUCUCUAUACUUUCAUUUGCCUCUCUCUCUCUUUCAUGGUCAUUCAUGCAUCUGUAAUUUGCAAAAUUCACUGUACCCAUUACUUCUCUGCUGAUAAUUCACGGCUUCCUUCUUCUUCUUCUUCUUCCCCCAAGCAAACACCCUUCAAAGUUGCAACCUUUCACUUUCUUGAUUUCUUCUUUUCCAUUAAUUAGUCCCUGCAGAUCCCUGAUGUAGCCCUUUUUCUUUCACAGCCUGCUCUGAGUUCAAUCUCAGCUGGCUUUUCUUGCCUAAAUCACAUUCUUGAUUCACAAAAUAACAAUAGUAAAGAUGCCAUCUUUGUUAUUUUUGCUGACCAAUUGAUAAAGGGGUUUCAAGAAUUCUUGUUAAUAUGGCCUUUGCAGCUCAGCAGAAGAAGGCUAUUCAUUCCAUGUUAGCAAACAAGCUGACCCAUCUCAAAAUCCCUGACUCUUCUUCAUCAUCUCCUCCUUCUACUGAUCCAGACUUUGAUUUUUCUGAUGUUUUUGGUGCUCCUACCUCUUCUUCAUCUCCUUCAUCUUCUUCCAGUUUUCUAACUGACCCACAAAUCAUUCAUAGUAGGUCCCACUCUUUUGUGGGUCCAUCUCCAAGGAUCACUCUCUCAAAGCUUCUGCCUUUUCACCAAGAAGUUGAUUCUGAGAGUGAAAGUGAUAGUGAUAAAGUUAAUACUCAUGUAGGUACUCACCAAACUGAAUGUACUGAUGGGGUUGAAGAGAUUAGUGGAGAUGAGGGGUUAGCUGUAACAAAAUUUGGGCCAGGGGAUUUUGAGAUCUUGAGGAUGAUUGGAAAAGGUUCUUUUGGGAAGGUUUUUCAGGUGAAGAUGAAGGGGUAUGGUGGUGAGGGUGAGGGUGAUGGGAUAUUAGCAAUGAAAGUGAUGAGGAAGGACACGGUAAUCAAGAAUAAGCAUGUGGAUUAUAUGAGAGCUGAGAGGGAUAUUCUCACUAAAGUUGAGCACCCUUUUAUUGUUCAGCUUAGAUACUCAUUUCAGACGAAGUCUAAGCUGUAUUUGAUUUUGGAUUUUAUAAAUGGAGGACAUCUUUUCUAUCAUCUAUACAGACAAGGGAUUUUCAGUGAGGACCAGGCAAGGAUUUAUGCUGCUGAGAUAGUUUCUGCUGUUUCACAUCUUCACCAGAGAGGGAUCGUGCAUCGAGAUCUCAAACCUGAAAAUAUUCUCAUGGAUGGUGAUGGACAUGUCAUGCUGACAGAUUUUGGACUGGCAAAAGAGAUUGAUGAAUCAAGCAGAUCUAAUUCAAUGUGUGGAACCAUGGAAUACAUGGCUCCGGAGAUUAUACAGUCCAAGGGCCACAAUAAAGAUGCUGACUGGUGGAGUGUUGGGGUACUUCUGUAUGAGAUGCUGACUGGUCAGCCACCUUUCACACAUGCAAAUAGAAAGAAGCUUCAGGAAAAGAUCAUCAGCGAGAAACUGAAACUUCUACCACGUCUGACUGGUGAAGCUCACUCUCUGCUCAAAGGAUUGCUACAGAAAGACCCAUCCAAAAGAUUAGGCAGUGGACCAAGAGGAGGGGAUGAGAUCAAAAGUCACAAGUGGUUCCGCACAAUCAAUUGGAAGAAACUUGAUGCUAGAGAACUACAGCCUAAGUUCAAACCAGAUGUAAUUGGCAGAGAUUGCACUGCCAAUUUCGACAAAUGUUGGACUACGAUGCCACCGGAUGACUCACCAGCAUCUACUCCGACAACAGGCGAACACUUUCAAGGUUACACUUAUGUAGCACCAAAUCCUUGGCUCUCCUCUAGUUGAUUUAAGUCUUUAUCCUGACAAAAUUUCGAACUCUUAGUUUGCUAUUGUAAGUCAUUCUUUGUUAGAGAGAGGAUCGUGAGACAUGUAUGGAUCAGAUUGUAUCAUGAUAAAAGCAAAUCUUUCUAACUCUUUUUGUGUACUGUUGUAAGCUCAUUCUUCUUUAUGGACAAGAUGUGAAAUCAAUCAAU